AUGCCCGAGCAGGAAUGCCUGAGCCGGCCGCGGGACGGCACCCAGAUCCGCUUCUCCGAGCUGCCCCGGCAGGCCUUCCCCGCCGGGGCCAGCCCCGCCGAGAUCACCCGGCACAGCAUGGACCUGAGCUACGCCCUGCAGCGCGUCAUGGAGCAGCGCUACCCCGGCCGGCCGCUGGGCCUGCUCGCUGAGUUGCAGUUUGCCUUCAUCUGCUUCCUGAUUGGCAAUGUGUACGAUGCCUUUGAGCACUGGAAAAGACUCCUGAACAUCCUGUGCCGCUCAGAGGAGGCCAUGGGGAAGUACCAGGACCUUUACAUCAACCUCAUUUCUGUGCUGUAUCACCAGCUCAACGAGAUCCCAGCAGAUUUUUUUGUGGACAUUGUCUCCCAAGACAACUUUUUAACCAGCACCUUACAGGUGCUGUUCUCCUGCACCUGCAGCUCUGCUGUGGAUGAGACUCUGAGGAAAAAGGCUGAGAAGUUCAAGGCUCACCUGACGAAGAAGUUCAAGUGGGACUUUGAGGCAGAGCCUGAUGACUGUGCCCCUGUGGUGGUCCAGCUGCCUGAGGGUGUGCAGGUGGACUGAGCCAAAGGCCCCCUUAGGAGCAAACAGCUUCUAAAAUGACCCUUUCCCUCUCUUCUCCAGCCUUGCCAGCUUCUUAAAGGCUGUUUCUGAAGCUGAUCCCCUUUCUGCUGGAGAAGCACGUGGUAAACCCAGGUGGAUGCUGAGCUUUGUGAGGAGACCAGAGGUGUUGGAGGAGUUUGAGUGUUGCCAUGUGGCUGCUUUGGACACCUUGGAGUUUUCCCAGCCCUUCUGCAGCAUCUCCUCCUAGAACACAAGCCACAUACAAAGCCACAGAAUCAUUAAAGUUGCAAAAGUUUUGGUAUGAUGGAGUUCAGCCCUGAAUCUGACACUGCCACAAUGCUCCUGCACUCAGCUGUCCUCUGCAUCCCUGCUCCCCUCUCCUGCUGGGCUGGAGCUGAUGCCCUGCACGGAGAGCACCUGUGGCUCAGGGCUGUAAAGCCCAUGGAGUGGUUUUGGCAGCCCAAACCAGGCUGUGAACUGAAGUUCAGCUUUUCCUGGGCUGGUGUUGCAGUGUGUGACCGUGACUGUUGCACUGCUGUGUUGGGUGCUCACUGUGAUUUAAAUGCUGGGGAGGUGGCUCAAAGCCACAGCAAAAUUCCUCCAAUUUCAUACACCCAAUACCUCAGUGACUCCUUCCUGUCCCUCCCUUUGUGUUAAAGCCUUUUGUACUUACUGCUGACACUGUUUUGCCUGGUGUAAAAGAAAGUGAACACUUUGGUGACAGGAAAUAGCUACUGGACUGUACUCACCCAGGUGUUAAGGAACAGAGCCAGCAUGAGAUAAAAGGAUCAGAUUUCCACAUGAACUGGAUCCUCUGUUUUGUCAUAAUUAGAAAUCAUAUGUUUUUGCUCAAAAACAGUGAAAAUUAACAGUUUGUAACGGUCAGGUCCCCAUGAUGAUCUUCACUGUAGCAGCUGAGAAAAGAGAAUAUAGUUGUACUUCUAUUUUGCUGUGGCAACCCUGCCUGUCUCUGUCCACUGUGGUUCAGUUCCAGUCUUUCUCUGGUUUUAUUAGGUUUUUCUGGUGUUCAUUAUUAUUGUACCCUUAUUUUUCCCCAGAAAUAACACAAUUGAAAUCCAUUUGUGCCUCCAACAACUCCCAGGAGGGAAAGGUUUUCCAGGGUCUCUUAGACACACAGCACCUUUGUUUGGAGCACUGUUUAUAUCUGCUACUGCUUUGGCAGCUGGACACGAGGUGCCCCAGCUGCUGCAGAUGGACCGGCUGGCACCGAGCUCCUGGAACGUGGAAAAAGAUGGAGUGGAGCAGUGCCCCGAUCCCUCUCUCUGAGAAAAGAAAUCAUUUACUCCUGGCGAUUCCAGAGUCGCGGUGGCGUGUUGGGCAGCCCUGGUGCUGGACGAGGGAUGCGCGGUGUGUGGCGCUCCUUCCUGCUGCGCUCCGCCUCCUGUGCUGCUCUGCGCCGGCAUCCGGGAGCCGUCCCGUGCGGACAGGUGUGGCACAAACCGGGGCGGGGCUGCAGCGGGCGCGGGGGAUGCUGCGGGGAGCCUGCGAGGCGCCGGCUGCCUCAUUAGGACGGCGCUAAUGAGCCGCGAGGCAGCCUCGCUGCAAACGAGCCCGGCAGGGGUUAAUCGGUCGGGGGAAAACCC